AUGGGACUUGACUAUAACAAAUUUUUACUAUUUGGGGACUCAAUUACAGAAUGGUCGUAUAGAAAUGGUGGCUUUGGUGCAUUGCUUCAAAAUGACUAUGCAAGAAAGAUGGAUGUAGUUUGUAGAGGGUUCAGUGGUUUCAACUCUAAUCAUGCAGUUGAAAUACUUCCUAAACUCCUUGAGAUGGAUAAGUAUAGUAUAAUGACCAUUUUUUUCGGUACAAACGAUGCAUUGAAUACAUUUCAAGGUGUCCCGAUUGAUAAAACAAAAAAGAAUCUUAAAUUCUUGGUUGAACUUUCCUUAAAAUCCGGAAUUAAAGUAAUUUUGAUUGGGCCGGCUUUACAUAGUCGUGAAUUGUAUAGAGCUGCGAAUCCUGAUGACGAUUAUGUGGGUUCAGAAGAGAAUAAUCGGAAAUACUGUGAGGCUGCGAAAUCUGUAUCCAUGGAAACUGGUGUUCCAUUUAUUGAUCUUUGUACCGAAUUUGAUAAUAGUGGCCUUCCUAUUAAUCAACUAUUAGUUGAUGGAAUUCAUUUCACGUCAAACGGUUAUAAAAUAUUAUAUGAAUCAAUUUCAAACACGAUUAAAUCUGUUUACCCAGAGUAUUCUUAUGAAAAUAUUUCGCCAAGUUUGGUGCUUUGGAGAGAGUUAGAGCCUGCUGGUGAUAAUCCAAAGAAAAUCAGAUCCAUAUUGUAUCGAAAUGAAGAGUAA